AUGAAACUUUCCAAACGAUUUAAUAUUUCUGUUGGGUACUCUAUUUCAUUUGUGAAUUCGGAGAUUGCUAUACAGUUUUUCUGUACCGAAGAAUUUAUUGAAUUAGUAAGAACUAUUAUAACUAAAAAGGAAGAACGCUCGAAAACUUACAAGGUUCCACGUCGUCCCUUUGAAAAGGAACGAAUUGAACAAGAACUUAAGCUGAUUGGUACUUACGGUCUUCGAAACAAGCGUGAGAUUUGGCGUGUAGCUUACACGCUUUCAAACAUUCGUCGUGCUGCUCGUGAACUACUCACGUUAGAUGAUAAGGACCCUCGUCGACUUUUCGAAGGAAAUGCCUUGAUUAGAAGGCUGGUCAGAAUUGGGGUGUUGGAUGAGACUAAAAUGAAACUUGACUACGUUUUGGCUUUGAAGAUUGAAGACUUCUUGGAACGAAGAUUGCAAACUCAGGUUUUUAAACUUGGUUUGGCAAAAUCUAUUCAUCAUGCCCGUGUUCUCAUUCGACAGCGCCAUAUUCGUGUCGGAAAACAAAUUGUCAAUAUUCCAAGUUUUAUUGUUCGUCUCGAGUCUCAAAAGCAUAUUGACUUUGCCUUAACCUCGCCAUUCGGUGGUGGUCGUCCCGGUCGCGUAAAGAGAAAACGUCAACGAUCGGCUACCAAAAAUGACGAUGAAGAAGACGACGAAUAG